ACGACUCUGUCGGCUGCCGCCAUCUUGCGAACUUGUUGUAUCGCCGCUGCGGGAAAACCGCUUUGACACAGCACCGCUCACCUACACCGAGGCGGACUGGCAGCCCUGAGCGUCGCAGUCAUGCCGGCGGGACCCGUGCAGGCGGUGCCUCCGCCGCCUCCCAUGGCCACCGAGCCCAAACAGCCCACAGAAGAAGAAGCAUCUUCAAAGGAGGAUUCUACCCCUUCCAAGCCAGUGGUGGGGAUUAUUUACCCUCCUCCAGAGGUCAGGAAUAUUGUUGACAAGACUGCCAGCUUUGUUGCCAGAAAUGGACCUGAAUUUGAAGCUAGGAUUCGACAGAAUGAGAUCAACAACCCCAAGUUCAACUUUCUCAACCCCAAUGACCCUUACCAUGCUUACUACCGCCACAAGGUCAGCGAGUUCAAGGAGGGGAAGGCUCAGGAACCCUCAGCCGCCAUCCCCAAGGUCAUGCAGCAGCAGCAGCAAGCCACCCAGCAGCAGCUGCCACAGAAGGUCCAAGCCCAGGUGAUCCAGGAGACCAUCGUGCCCAAAGAGCCCCCUCCUGAGUUUGAGUUCAUCGCAGAUCCCCCCUCCAUCUCAGCCUUUGAUCUGGAUGUGGUGAAGCUGACAGCUCAGUUUGUGGCCAGGAAUGGGCGCCAGUUUCUGACCCAGCUGAUGCAGAAAGAGCAGCGCAACUACCAAUUUGACUUCCUCCGCCCACAGCACAGCCUCUUCAACUACUUCACGAAGCUGGUGGAACAGUAUACCAAGAUCUUGAUUCCGCCCAAAGGCUUAUUUACAAAGCUCAAGAAAGAGGCUGAGAACCCCCGAGAAGUUCUGGACCAGGUGUGUUACCGAGUGGAGUGGGCCAAGUUCCAGGAGCGUGAGAGGAAGAAGGAAGAAGAGGAGAAGGAGAAGGAGCGGGUGGCCUAUGCACAGAUUGACUGGCAUGAUUUUGUGGUGGUGGAGACGGUGGACUUCCAACCCAAUGAACAAGGAAACUUCCCUCCACCUACCACCCCGGAGGAGCUGGGGGCUCGAAUCCUCAUUCAGGAGCGCUAUGAGAAGUUUGGGGAGAGCGAGGAGGUGGAGAUGGAGGUUGAGUCUGAUGAAGAGGACGAGAAGCAGGAGAAGGCAGAGGAGCCACCUUCCCAGCUGGACCAGGACACCCAAGUGCAAGACAUGGACGAGGGUUCAGAUGAUGAAGAAGAAGGACAGAAAGUGCCCCCACCCCCAGAGACACCCAUGCCACCUCCUCUGCCCCCGACUCCAGACCAGGUCAUUGUCCGGAAAGACUACGACCCCAAAGCUUCCAAGCCCCUACCUCCAGCCCCUGCUCCAGAUGAAUAUCUUGUGUCCCCCAUCACCGGGGAGAAGAUCCCUGCCAGCAAAAUGCAGGAACAUAUGCGCAUUGGGCUUCUCGACCCCCGCUGGCUGGAGCAGCGAGAUCGCUCCAUCCGUGAGAAGCAGAGCGAUGAUGAGGUGUAUGCGCCAGGUCUGGAUAUCGAGAGCAGCUUGAAACAGUUGGCCGAGCGGCGUACCGACAUCUUCGGUGUAGAGGAAACAGCCAUUGGUAAGAAGAUUGGCGAAGAGGAGAUCCAGAAGCCAGAGGAAAAGGUGACCUGGGAUGGCCACUCAGGCAGCAUGGCUCGAACCCAACAGGCUGCCCAGGCCAAUAUCACCCUCCAGGAGCAGAUCGAGGCCAUCCACAAGGCUAAGGGCCUGGUGCCAGAAGAUGAUACCAAAGAGAAGAUUGGCCCCAGCAAGCCCAACGAAAUCCCCCAGCAGCCACCACCUCCGUCUUCAGCCACUAAUAUACCCAGCUCAGCUCCACCCAUCACCUCAGUGCCCCGGCCACCAGCAAUGCCACCUCCUGUCCGUACCACAGUUGUGUCCGCAGUACCCGUCAUGCCCCGGCCCCCGAUGGCUUCAGUGGUCCGACUGCCCCCGGGCUCAGUGAUCGCUCCCAUGCCGCCUAUCAUCCACGCACCCAGGAUCAAUGUGGUGCCAAUGCCUCCUUCAGCCCCUCCAAUCAUGGCACCCCGCCCACCCCCCAUGAUUGUGCCAACAGCCUUUGUGCCCGCUCCACCUGUGGCACCUGUCCCAGCUCCAGCCCCAAUGCCCCCUGUCCACCCUCCCCCUCCUAUGGAAGAUGAACCUGCCUCCAAGAAACUGAAGACGGAGGAUAGUCUCAUGCCCGAGGAGGAGUUCCUUCGCAGAAACAAGGGUCCAGUGUCCAUCAAGGUCCAAGUGCCCAACAUGCAGGAUAAGACGGAAUGGAAGCUGAAUGGACAGGUGUUGGUCUUCACCCUCCCACUCACAGACCAGGUCUCUGUUAUCAAGGUGAAAAUUCAUGAAGCCACCGGCAUGCCUGCAGGGAAACAGAAGCUGCAGUAUGAGGGCAUCUUCAUCAAGGAUUCCAACUCACUGGCUUACUACAACAUGGCCAAUGGUGCCAUCAUCCACUUGGCCCUCAAGGAGAGAGGAGGGAGGAAGAAGUAGAAGAGAGAAACCUGUCAGGUCCCAGCCACUGCUGUUUUGCUGUUGUCCCUCACCUCUGCCAUAGACCCAAGACACCCUGCCUUGUACAUUUGUUUCCCUCUUAGUUUGGAAAUUUAAAUUGUCCUACAGUUUCCUCCCCAGUGGUCUCUGGAAUUUCUUUGUGUUUGAGUCUUGAUUGAGGGGAUUCAUUUCUUCUGGCAGCCCAUUAGAAAAUGGGAACCCAGGGAUGUUAUGCAGGAUAGUGGCAUAGUGCUCAUUAGCACUUGGCUGAGAGCAUAUGCUUGUUACCGUCAUUAAUCAUUUUGUGUUUUGCCACAGGCUGUCUAAUAAACCUUUUGGACCCUUGUGAAA